CCAAGUCCAUUCACGCAGUUGCGCAAUCAAGAGAGGCACAUAAAAAAAUAUCAAUCUCUCUUUUACAGAAUCUUGCUACAAAAUCAAGCAAAAUAGAGAAGAGGACCUUCGAGCCUACGCCAGCGCCACCUGUUGACGAGAGCGCGCAACUAACCGAUUCUUCCACGUGCACGCAAUCGAUGCACGCGAACUCGCGCGGCCCCCGCGAGCGGCAACACCAUCGCGUGACAAUCUCCAGAUGCCGAGUACCUACCUCUAGCCGCGCGCUAUAGUUACAUGUACAACAGCGACUGAUUCCAGAAUGGCGACCGUCUUCUCCUAGGAGAGUGCUUAUCCUCGCCCGCUGAAAUACGUGCGACUGACGUGUACCCACGAAGCUUCACGCGCGACCGGUAACCUGGGACUCGGCGACGAUGAUAAUCGAGAAUCCAGACCAGUUCAAGGCUUGGCUCACUGCCGUCCUGGAGCCGCUGUGCGACGCAGAUCCUGGGGCCUUGGCCAAAUAUGUCUACGCGUUGGUCAAAAAGGACAAGACUCUGGAAGAGCUGCGUGGUGGCAUGGUUGAGCAAUUGGAUGUCUUUCUCCAGCAAGAAACCAAAAACUUCGUGGAACUGCUCUUCAAGACACUGGAGACUCAGGAAUACAUACUCCCACCACCGAAAAGCGAUCCGGAUGGCGGUGGGACGCCGCCUGGCAUAAAUCCACCAGCACCAGUCGUAUCGUCGUCAUCCUCGACGGAGAAACUAAUCGAUUCCACGACAAUUCCACUGGUACCCAUAAUCACGAAUCCUCCUGCUCCGCUCCAAAUCAAUGGAUCUGCAUCUGCUGUAGUUAGUAAACGAGAGACUCGAAAAUCCGAUUCGGAUAAGGACAAGGAGAAGGAGAAACGUUCUCGAAGCAGGAGCGGUAGAAUGCGAUCAAGAACGCGUUCGCGAUCACGAUCAUGGGAGAGGGAUAGACGCAGGUCUAGGAGUAGAGAACACAUCCGGCGUGACAGAGAGAGAGAUAGAAGUCGACCUUGGAGAAACGAAUCUCCGCCUAUUAGUACUAGACGACACGAUCGUAGGCGCACUAGAAGCCGCAGUACAUCACCCAUACGAUCUAGGAUACGCGACGGUCCGGACAAUCGUGACCAUAGAACAAGGUUCAGGAACAGAUCUCCGACUCCGCUUCGAUCUCGGUCGCGCUCAAGAUCGCUAGAGCGAAAGAAGAUCGACCGUUUCGAGAGGAUGGAAGUUGAUCGAACAGAUCGAGUCGAGGGUAGCCCUAGUGGUGGUACACCGACUCAGGAUAGUAAUCAUGGAGAUGUAGACAUGAGACUGUCUACGACUAGUCAAUCGAUACAAAGCGUUGUUGCAGUUGCUAGUAGUAUUCCAAAUAACCAAACGAGCUCUUUUCCACAACAAGCGAAGAGACGAUGCAGGGACUUUGACGAAAAAGGAUAUUGCAUGCGGGGAGACCUUUGUCCUUACGAUCACGGUACUGAUCCGGUUGUACUAGAAGACUUGACGCUAAGUCGGGUCUUGAGUUUCGGGCCGCAUGGCACGCAAACUCCGGGAGCGGUUCCAGUGGCUACGGUACCAGAACCACCGCAAGGCCCUAAUGGCAAUCCACCGCCGCCGCAUCUGCCCCUGGCCAGUUUACCACCGCCCCACUUAAGAAACCACCAUUCUAACAUGGACGCUUUUGCAGAGUACAAUCCAGACGCGCCUAGCAUGGAACCGCGUAUGCCGUGGGGUAGACAUCCGCAGCCUGCGCCUGGAAUUUACGGUCGAGGACAAAGGGAACUGAUCAGCGUACCGGUUAUUCCGCACACAAACUCGUCGGAAGUAACACACACCCAGAGCAAUCCACUGAAACGCAAGCAGGCGUUUGACUUUAAUCGCCUGGGGCCGAAACAGAGAAUGGUGCAUAACCCGGCCAAUUGUUCUCUCGAACUGAAAAAGGUUCCGCGAAGCUUGAACAAUAUAACGCAGUUGAAUAAUCAUUUUUCCAAGUUCGGUAAAAUUGUAAAUAUUCAAGUUAAUUUCGGCGGUGAUCCUGAGGCGGCGUUGGUCACCUUCCAGCUGCCGGCCGAGGCAAAGGCUGCUUACAGAAGUACAGAGGCUGUGUUGAAUAAUAGAUUUAUUAAAGUAUUUUGGCACAAUAAUAUCAAUAAUAACGCGGCUGCUGGAGCCAUCGAAAAUGUGCCACCAGGAUGCCGUCCCUCUGUGAAAGAAAGACUAGGCGCCGCCGUGACGGUACCGACGAAGACCGAGGAUAACGAGUACGUUCCGACGCGUCGCUCGACCGAGGAACAAGUGACGCAAACUCUAGUUCCGACUUCACCUAAAGCCGCAGCCGUCACGAACACUCGGGAGGACAAGGUCCUCGCGAUAAAGAAGACGCAGGAGAUACUAGCAGCUAAGGAAACGCUAAAGAAGAAGCAGGAGGAGAAACGUAAAGAAGCAAUUAAACUGACUGCCGAUUUACGCAAGAGGAAGCAGGAGCUACUUGACAAACACUUGAUCGAGUUGCGCGCUUUGAUUGACAAAGCCGAGAAGAAUCCGGAGCAGAAGGAAUCGAUCAUGCCGACGAUCAAGGCGAUGCAGCAGUCGGUUGACAAUUUGCGCAAGGACUUGGCGGCGAACGGCCAGAUCGGCAACAACAAGUCGCAGAAGUCCAGAGAGCAGGCGCAGAAGGAGAUACUAGACGCUGAGCUGGACCUAAUGACGGCGCAACAGGAGGGCCAGGAUGCCGGCGAGCUACAGAAGCGAUUGAACGAGCUGCGGGCCCAGGCGGCGGCGUUGGGUUUGAACACGACCCCGAGCGUCGGUAGGGGCACCAAGGUCGCGAGUCGCGUUACGCGCGGCACCCACACGCUGUCGUACAGGGGCCGCGGCAGAGGAAGCUUCGCCCACGUCUCGGUGGAUCAUCGGCCAACGAGUCUACUAGUCUCCGGGUACGAGACCGAAGAAAAGACGGAGGUCCUAGCGCAUUUUCAACAAUUUGGCGAGAUAGUGAAUCAAAUAGUAGAUGAUGCGACUCCUUCGAUCGUCAUCAACUUCAAGUCAAGAAAAGAGGCUGAGGUUGCCUUGGUGAAAGGACGCACGUUUCAAGACAGACUCCUGUCGAUAACUUGGGUGUCCGGCCAUCAUCUGCAUCGUGGAGGCACUGGUAGUAACUCCAGCGCGUCUGUACAGCUCUCGUCGCGUUCCGAACAAACUGCACCUGCCACGGACGAGGAUAUCGAUCUAGAAGGCACGGCAGAGGCGUUAUUCCUAGAGGAGAACGAAGAGGAAGAGGACGAGGAUGGGGAGCCACGUAGCUGGCGACGAUAGCAGCGUCAGCGUCAGCGUCAGCGCCGCUUGUGACAGGAGCUUGGUGUCAAACGUAACGACAGUGUGAUCGUCCGGGCCGAUCGUAUGCGACCUGGCACUUCACUCGUGUACACUCGCAUUGCUGCACCGCCGUUUGAUACAUCAAUUGCCAUGAUUUUCACAAAGAAGUCAGAUUACGUCGUGCUCAGCAUUAUCAUGAAUGUUACACUAUUUGUUAAUAUUACUAAAUAUAUACAUACGCACUGGCGAUGGUACAGUGCACUAUUCUGAAUGGCACGUCACGCAUAGAGAAAGAGAGAGAGAAAAAAAAAGAAAACCAAAAUCGAUAUAACAAGUUUUCAGGAAGAGUAACUUACCGAAAUUUAUCCCAUUAUUUGUAGAAUAAAAUCGCUAUGUUUUGUAUGGGAAAA